GUUCAGGGGUGGUCGGGUUUCAGCAUUCCUUGCCUUGGCCAUGUCUCUGAGCACUGCACACCUUGUACUUCUGGGCACUCCAGGUUUGGCCAUGGGACAUUCUUGGUGUGCCUGGAGACUUUGUACCAUAAAAUCACGGGGAAGGAGCUGCAUUAUGAGGCCUUGGUUGGCAAACCCAGCACCAUGACGUACAGCUUUGCAGAGCAGCUGAUUAUGAACCAGGCGAGGGGGCGGGGCUGGAAUACCCCAAUACAGACCUUGUAUGCUAUUGGUGAUAAUCCCAUGGCGGAUAUUUACGGCGCCAACCUCUACAAUCGCCACCUACAGACACAGCGAUCAGAAGCUUCAUCAGGCCGUCCACAGAACUGUGAGUCCAUACUGGUGUGCACUGGUGUUUAUGGAAAUCAGAAGGAGGUGCCAGCAGACCCAAGAGAGAGCAUCACAGAGACCAUUUUCCACGGGCAUCGUGAUUUCCAGCUGGAGCCUGGACUGGUGGAGGCAUGCCAUGUGGUGCAGGAUGUUGGGCAGGCUGUGGAGCUGGUGCUGAAGAAGGAGAGCUGGAUCCCUGAAUGA